AUGGACAAUGGCAUUCAGAAUGGCGCGCGCACCGACCAUGAUCGGAAUUCAAGUCCGAACGGUGUCAACGGCAUAGUGAAAGCGCCGACAGAGAAAGAUGUCGCUGCUGAGGAAGCAGGACAAGGCAAGGCGAAGGAACAAGGGUCAGAGGAGCCUGCAAAUGAUGCGCAACCAGCGAGGAUGAACGACCUGCCUGAAGAGAUUGCGCAUAUCACCGAGGGGUUCAUCCCUUUAUCUAUGCUAUUGACACGCCUGGCGCAGCGAUCGCACAACGAGCUGCAGCAUGGCAUCACGACUUUUGCCGAUAUGCCUCAGGACAACUACACGAAACACAAGGCGAUCUUGGAAUUCGCGCAGGAGCAGCAUGAGCGAUGGGUCAAAGCACUCGUCAUCACGGACUGGAGUAAAAAGGCUGAGGUGGUCAGCAAACUGAUCGAUCUGCGUGCUCACAUGAAUCACCAGCAAUUUCUCUACGACUCUGCGCUGGAUGAAGUUGUCAACCUGAAGAGGAAUCUCGCCUUUGCUCGCAUACCUAGCCCCGACUUGAAGACGGCACUCCAGGUGUUGUCCACGGGCUCAGCACCAUGGAUGCCCGACGUUGACUACAUUGAGCCACCGCAACUUAGUCCCGAGGACCAGCUCAAGUGGCUCAACGAAUUGAACACCCUUCUUUCACUGCGGCUGAACCUCGAGGAAUUCGAUCGGAUCCCGGCACAGUUCAGAGAUUACACCAUCGCCUCGGGGAGGGUGACUUUCAAGGUGGAGGGGGAGUUCGAGGUGGACCUAACGGUUGCCGAUGAGGAUCCUGAGCGGCAGUUCUGGUUCAUUGAUUUCCGAUUUGCAUAUCAGCCAGCCCCAGCGAUUGUGCCGGAAACCAUCCUGUCUCAUCUAGAGGCCAAUGUCAACACGGCGUUGAACAGGGAAGGCCUGCCUGGCUGUUAUCAGUUCUUGCACGAAUUCAUCCUGACCUGCAAGAUCAAUGAGCUCAAGCGACAGGCGCUACUCCUGGAAAAGACAGCGUGGACCGGCACCCUCAAAGUCGAGCCACUACACAGGGCUUUGGCGAUCCAGUACUGGUCCACGCGAUUACCUCCCAAGUGCCCAAAGAGCUGGCUUCUGAUUGCAGUCCACAGCGACAAGAAGGGGAAAGCCUCAACCGCAGCGACGUCCGCAAGCCACUUGGAGCUAAAGUGGUACCGGGAUAACACCGAAGUGAAAAGCACCCAGAUUGAGGCGAACUUCAAAGAACUAGAGGUUGAAACCCUUCUGAAUUCCGUCAUCAGAAGUCACAUUGAUUACAUCCUCCAAGGUAUCUACGACAAGACGUUGUCACUUCCGCGAUACGCCAACCAGGAAUGCCGUCUUGUGCGCGAGACCUCGCUCGAUGAUCCUCUCAGGUGCUCCUUGACGGCUCAGCUCACAGGCUCCAUUGAGAUGUCCCUGCACAUUGAACCAAAGUCAGGUGUUGUCGCAAUCAAGCCGCAGUCCAAAUACACCAUUGCGCAAGAGCACAAACUCAACACGCCCACCGGCCCCACGGAGUCGACGAUCAACAACGGCAGCAGCGUCAUUGCCAGUGGUUUUACUUGCCUUCAAGAAGUGCGUUGCAACGUCGUAGAAGAUGAAAUUGUCAGGCGAUCGUCGCCUCUGGGUUGGCAGGCCAUCCGACCUCCGCUGAAAGAUGAAGAGAUUCGCUCCAUCGUCAAGAUGCGUGAAUGGUUACGCGCGAUCUGGUUACGAAGAAGCGGUUGGCCCCAGCACUGGUACCUGGUAGCCGUCUUGAGCCAAGGCGGCGACGACUGGUGGCUGAUUCGAGCUAACUCGGAGGUCAAAGACCGCGUGCAGCACUACAAGAUCAACAUGCCCAUGGGCACAGGAGCAGCCAAUUUCUCCGAGCCAUUCUGGAAUCGUCUGACCCUGUUCACGACGGCGCUAAUAUCACAGUAUAUCGACAUCCGAACGUUGCACGCUGCCGGCAUCAAGCAUCACGCGAGUGAUAGGUCCAGCUUACCGGCGACAGCUGCCAGGCUACCAGCAAUUGACUUGGCGCUGUCCGAUAUCUUCCCCGCAAUAGUGUGUAACGUGGCUGAAACAUCGGAGGAUAAGGCUUCCAUGAGCGACGUCGAACAGGAUGCCACCCGGCAAGUAACAACCAUGCCUCUCACACCAAGGCAGCCAUGGGCGAAAGACGAUGUGGUCAUGAGGUUCAUAACGGUUCAAGGGCGCGCGCAAGGGACCACCCUGGAUCCCGAGGACAGCGAGCAGCAGCUGACCUGCGUUUCGGAAGCCAUUAUCAAGGUACACCAUGCAGGCAAGCUUGGCCGCCUGAAGGGUCGGAUAGACCAAAAUACCUGGUACAGCCCCGCAAAAGGAGAAUUCGCUUUGCAACUGAGAUAUCCUUUGGGCGAAUCAGGGCUGCAGCAGUUAAAAUCUCGCGUCACUGCCAUCGACCGCUUCGUUUGCUUCCUGGAAGCACUCGGGCAAUGUACGAAAACCAUUGAGAACGAGCGGGUGACCAUGCGGGGCGUUUCCUUCUUCUACGCAAACCCGACUGAGGGUCAACGCACUCAGAGGUGGCGCGUUGUGAUGGACUUGUCCAAGGACCAAGUUGAAAUUGCGCUUGCCGCGGGCAAUCCUCACCUGCGCGUGCUGAACUAUCUCCGGAAGUUGGUCAACAUUGACGGGGGCAUCAAGACUUUGAUGAUCUGGCUUCCGCAGUCCCUGCCAGUUUUCACGUCGCUCGAGAACAUCAAAAACGCCUGGGAUUCCAUCCAGGAGAAGGGACAGGGCCGAGCUGCAAUCUCUUGCAAAAACCUUGACUGGCUGUCCAUCUCGUACACCAUCAUGGGCACCGACAGCAACGGCCAGCCGGUGAGCCGGCAACUGUCCUUUGAAGCGGUGGUCAAGUUGCGAAAGGACGGGCUCUGGUGGCACAUCAACCGCGCCGGCCAUUAUCGGGCUGAGGACAGAUUUGGCAAGGCGUUGGAACCUGUGUUUGGGCAAAGCAACGGGGACUGGAUAGGGAUGGGCACGAGUGCUGCCGGCAAAAUCUCCCCGGGAGCCGCCAUGCUGUUCGACAAGAUUGACGAGGUUGUCAAGGGGCUUGUUGGCCACUUGCAGGGCGACGAAGGAUUCGAGCCUCCGCCGCCGCCCCAAGUCCAGCAGCGACCGGUGCAAGAGCAGCGACAACAGCAACAAUUACCACCGCAGCAGCCGCCGCCGCAGCAGCAGCAGCAACGGCAGAGCACACAGCCGGUGCCGCCGCAAGUGACGCCAGUGCCGAUUCCGCAGGUGCCCCCCAUGGGCAAGCCGCGCAAGCCGAGCCAGACGAAGACGGGGCGAGCUCCUGACCAGGCGAUCGAAAUAGGAUGA